AAAUGUGGCUGUGUGAUCCAGUGAUCGCGUCAGAACAAUAAAAAACAAAAGAGUUGCGAAAUUGAAACGUCAGUCAAAUUCCGUUGUAUUAUUUUGAUGAAUCGACAAAAUUAACCGAAAUGGCAGAUCAGGCUGGCGAUUCUCCCAGCGAGAGCAAAUACACGCACAGCUUCGAGACAGAGCCCCCUUACGAAACGCGCGAGUACAAGUUCACUUAUCCCUCGAUUAUGGAGGCACAAAUCCGGAAGUUGAGGCAUGGGUUAGAGAACUGGAGGGAGAUCAUCCUGGGGGCUAAGAGGGUGUUAGUUUGGGAGAAGCAAUGGCACCCCACUGCCAUUGUUGGCGGAAGCACAAUCCUUUUCACGUUUUUAUGGUUGUUGGAUCCGAGUAUUUUGACAGUAUUUUCAGUUUUUGGUUUAGUUUUGACCAUUUUUGAUUAUUUGAUUCCGUCAAUUGGUAGCUCUAUGUUUAAACCGGAGAUGUGGACGGCACGGAAAGAACAGGAGUAUGAGGAGUUUUGCACUAACGUUAUUUUGUAUAAAGCUAGAUUAGAGUUGUCUUGGGCUCGGUUUUAUAAAAUGAAGAGCACCAAUCGAAAAAUGUACUUUUUAUUGACUAUGAUUACGUUGAGUGCACUCGCUUGGAUUGGAUGUACUUUUAAUAACUUGUUUUUGUCGUACGUUUUCGUAACUUUUCUACUCCUCUUCCCAGGAAUGGAACAUAAUGGGAUAAUUACAAAAUGGAGUGAAUACGUCGGUACUUUUCUGAUGGAAUUGAUGCGACAAACUAAGUCAAAAGGUAGCCAAGAAAAGGACGAUUAAUUUGCUCAAUAAAAUUUGUUCUUUUAUUGUUGUGUGAUACUUUUGACUGAUGUAAUUUAAAAUGUAGUUUUAUACAUAAAUAAAUAAUUUUCUAAUGAAAUGACAAGUCA